AUGGCGACAUGCAGAGCACUCGUGCGCCAAUGUGCACUAAAACUGCGUCCCUCAUAUCGUUUCAUCUCGCCAUGCUCUUCACUGACUCGCAAGCAAGUCACUCUUCGCAAGGCAUACUCUACCUCCGUCCAAGCUGCGGAACUCAAAUUCGGACAGCCCGUGCAUGAAACACAUCCUCAUAUUUUGAGCCCUGGAGAGCUCACGCCUGGAAUUACUGCCCUCGAAUACGCCCAGCGCCGAUCUCGGCUUGCUAACAAACUUCCUGAGGGAGCUGUUGCAAUCCUUGCUGCCUCUGAAGUGAAAUACCGCGCGCCAGGAAUCUUCCAUGAAUACCGUCAGGAGUCCAAUUUCUUCUACUUAACCGGCUUCAACGAACCCAAUGCCUUGGCGGUUAUCGUAAAUGACGGUUCUGGAGAUAAUCAUGUGUUUCAUCUUUAUGUGAGGGAGAAGGAUCCCAAGGCCGAACUUUGGGAUGGAGCCCGGUCUGGCACCCAGGCAGCGCAGGACGUCUUCAAUGCGGACGAGACCGGAAAUAUCGAGAACAUUGGAGAUAUCCUCCCCAAGAUUGUCGCGAAAGCUACCGAAGUCUAUUCAGACAUUCCCGCAUUCGAUGGAUCGAGGUCAUCACUGCACCGCUAUCUUUAUGGCCCAACUGUUGCUUCAGAAAAACUGAAGAAGUUCGUUGACCACCGCAAAGUGAAGCCUCUGAAGCCAAUCCUCAACGAGAUGCGGGUAUUCAAGUCUGAAAAUGAAGUGGUCCAUUUGCGCUUGCUCGGCCAGGCGUCCGGUCGAUCUUUCACGGACUCGAUGCGACAAGCCUUUUCCACCGAAAAAGAACUCUGCUCAUACCUGGAAUACAAGUUCAAGUUCAACGGCUGUGAUACAAGUGCCUUUGUCCCUGUAGUGGCGGGUGGCCAGAAUGCACUCAACAUUCAUUACACUAGGAACGAUGACCUUUUGAGAGAAGGAGACUUGGUGCUUGUAGAUGGCGGCGGCGAAUACGGAGGAUACAUUUCCGAUAUUUCCCGGACUUGGCCAGUCAAUGGAAAAUUCACCGACCCGCAGCGGGACUUAUACAAUGCCGUGUUAAAUGUGCAUCGGAGUUGUCUGGCUCUUUGUCGCGAAAGCGCAAGCCUGUCCCUCGACAAACUGCAUAGCAUUGCAGAGAAUGGACUCAAAGAUCAGCUGAAGCAGCUUGGAUUUGACGUUUCUGGAAGCGCCAUGAACACUCUAUUUCCCCAUCACCUCGGCCACUAUAUCGGUCUCGAUGUCCACGACUGCCCUGGCUACUCUAGGGGCUACGCUCUGAAAGCUGGACAGUGUAUUACUAUUGAACCUGGUAUUUACGUCCCCGAUGACGAGCGAUGGCCUGCUCAUUUCCGAGGCAUUGGAAUCCGCAUAGAAGACAGUGUCUGCGUGGGAGAUGAUCACCCUAUCGUACUAACUCCCGAAGCCGUCAAAGAGGUUGACGAUAUCGAGGCCCUUCGUGAUUAG